UUGUCAGUCGUCGGUGAUAGCAGAGAAGCACAAAUGUCGAACUGUUGUGCGUUCUUGCAGCGCGGAUAGUAACGCGAUUUUGGCAUUUUCUUUAUUAUUCGCCAAGCUUUGGGUGGCGUGUGCGUAUGAGUAAUAUUGAGGGAAAUAGUAAAAAAAAAAAAAAAUUCCAAAUCACUGCGUCGAACAUUUGUUAGAGAUUUUUUCUCUUUGUUUUUUUUUUUUUUUGUGUUUUGCGUGAAUACUUCAACACGAUUAAUUUGGGUACUCCUAGUCGUGUGUAUGUAUAGCGGAUUGCCUUUGGCUCGGUUUUUUUUUUGCUUAAAAUUCAACAAAAGUUUGUGUAUCGACGCGCGGGAAACAAGCACUUGCGAACUCUGAAAUCGAAAGAUAUUAAAGAGUGCUUCAUAAAUGGCGAAUUUAGUGCUAAAAACUUAAAGCGCAUAAAACUUUCAACAGCUGUAAUUAAAAAAGUAAUUAAAAAAUAAAAAAUAAUUUAAAAAAUAUUAGUUAAGAAAUCGUUAAACAUCAUCAAUCAUGAUUGACUGGGUGUCAAUCGUGCGACAUUCGCGUCGACGCUUUUCUAAUUACGUCGGUGCGCGUUCGCCGGUGCGUAUACGUCGUCGAAGAAGGCAGUUGGUGGCGCCACCGGCAGCAGCAGCACCAGCAGCAGCCACAGCACAAACACCAACAACUGGCAAGCAUGCGUGCAACAGUGCAACAACACCGGUCGGUGGAGCAAAGACGCCCACCACUAGUAGCGGGGCGAGCAAUAGUGGUCAAAAGGGUAACAGCAGCAGCAAUGGUGGCGGCGGUGCUCAGUAUGCCUGCUGCUGCGCUAAUGUAAGUGUGUGGAUAGCGGGAAUUAUAAGGCUAUGGAAGCGUAAUGAUGCGCGUGUCAGCGUCAAUGUUGCCAAGGCGGCUCGUUCACCUGAAGCGGCGUCCCAGCAUAAUCGCCAACAGCAGCCUGGUAGUGCUAAUGUGGACACUGCAAGCAGCGAAGCUGUAAGUGCUAAUGUCUACAAUAAUAACAGCAUUAAUAAACAAUACAAUAACAACAACAGCACAAGCUCAGGCGUUUGUGUGUCGCCUAUUUAUCAUUUUAAUUGCCUGCAAAUGG